UAAAAUAUAUUGAAGGCAAAAAACUCAAAGGCAAUGGCUUUCUCUAUUUCUCUCUCUAUCCAAUCCUCAUAUUUCUCUCCACAGGCACGAGCUAUACCCAAGCCUCUUAAACCUCAGUACAAUAAGAAGAACUCCACCACCAAACAAAAGACCAGGACACUUCACAAGCUUCGAACGAAGAAGGAUGUCAGUGUCCUACCACCGACGCCUGUCACCCCUGGAACCGGCGGGGAUGCCACGAGCUACACCCGGCUCCCUGCGAAAGAUGACUUCUUUAUCGACUCUACCGAGUUCUCUCUACAACCAUCGUCCGAGGUUAAGCUUUCUGAGUCGUCUCCGCUUCAGAUUCUUUCAAAGAAGCAAAUCGGGCAGAGAAUGGGAGAAUUCGAAGUGGGUGGAGGUAAAUUUGAGGAAAACUCAAGUUUUGGGUACGGGAAAUUCGAAGUCUUUGAGGUGAAUUCGGAAUCCGAUAACGACGAUGACGCUUCCGAGGAUGAGGACGAAGAAUUAAUGCUUCAGCAAGGGGGGUCAGAGAAUGUAUUCGAUGGAAUGGAAGAAGAUGAGUUGCCUGUGAAGGAAAAGGGAGUGCCAGCGGUGAUGAGAUGUUUCGACAGGGCAAAGAUCUUCGUAAAAGCCGGCGAUGGUGGCAACGGCGUAGUCGCAUUUCGCCGUGAGAAAUUCGUUCCAUUUGGUGGUCCUUCUGGAGGUGAUGGAGGAAGAGGUGGUGGCAUCUACUUUGAAGUAGAUGUCUCCUUAAAUUCCUUACUACCUUUCCGUCAAAGCAUCCAUUUCCGUGCUGAAAGGGGUCAGCACGGCCGGGGAAGCCAACAGCACGGUGCAAAAGGAGAUGAUGUAAUAGUAAAGGUGCCGCCUGGAACCGUGAUUAAGGCCGCCGGUGAAGAUAGUGAAAGCGGCGUUGUACUGAUGGAGCUUCUGCAUCCAGGUCAGAAAGCAUUGUUAUUGCCAGGUGGAAAAGGUGGAAAGGGAAACACAGCGUUCAAGUCUAGGUUGAAUAGAGUACCCAGAAUUGCAGAAAAUGGAGAAGAGGGUCCAGAAAUGUGGCUGGAAUUGGAAUUGAAACUGGUGGCCGAUGUUGGAAUAAUCGGUGCUCCAAAUGCAGGAAAAAGUACACUUCUCAGUGUUGUCAGCUCAGCUCGACCUGAAAUCGCAAACUAUCCAUUCACCACUUUACUUCCAAAUCUAGGCGUUGUUUCAUUUGAUUACGACAGAACAAUGGUUGUCGCGGAUUUGCCAGGUUUACUCGAGGGAGCUCACCGAGGUUUUGGUUUAGGCCAUGAAUUUCUUCGUCACACAGAAAGAUGUUCUGUUCUGGUACAAGUUGUUGAUGGUUCAUCUGAACAGCCAGAAAUGGAAUACGAUGCAGUUCGGCUUGAGUUAGAAUUGUUUAAUCCAGAGCUUUCUGAAAAACCAUGUUUGGUAGCUUAUAACAAAAUGGAUCUUCCAGAAGCAUAUGAGAAAUGGGUAUCAUUCAAGGAAAAUCUUGAAGGACGUGGCAUUAGAUGUUUUUGUAUGAGUGCUGCCACUGGAAAGGGAACCCACGAAGUGAUCUCUGCAGCUUAUGAACUCAUACUGGCUCAAAAAGAAGCCAAUAUAAAUCAAGGCUGUACUGAAGAUGUGAAUCUGAAUCAUGUGGCUGAGAUGGUGAAAAAGCAACGAACAGCACCUAUUAACGAGUUUGAGAUCACACGCGAUGAAGGCAACAAUACCUGGACUGUAGUUGGUUCUGGUUUGCAACGAUUUGCUCAAAUGACCAAUUGGCGUUACAUAGAUUCAGAAAGAAGAUUUCAGCACGUCUUGGAAGCAUGUGGGGUAUACAAGUCUCUGUCUAAACUUGGUGUAAAGGAGGGUGACACCGUUUUUGUUGGAGAGAUGGAGAUGAUAUGGAAUGACUCUAAUGGCCGAACUGGGCCUUCAAAUUUGAAGAAGAGCUCAUCUGAUUCCAUUAGAUGGCCUAAAUGGAAUUAAAACCUUAAUUUUCAUCUACACAACAUGUAAGUUAUAUUUGACAUGGGUUUUCAAACACGGUCCAUUUCAGCAAGGUCCCUGCAAAUUCAAACGAUGGAUUCUGAUUCGAAUUUUGCUCCUGGUAAUCUUUAUUGUUUAACUAAUUUGAUUAAACCCAUUCACCAUUCUUAAUUUUACCCCUUGGUUCAAGUA